GCUGCCAUCGAUGUCUUGAACGACCAGGCCUUCGAUCGUAGUCGACCUCAGCAAGAUGCCCUCCGGGUGGUCAUGGCCAAGAGCAACAUGCGCGGCUCAGAACCUGACAGAGGGGGCUGGCAAAGCCAAGGCAAGCUCCAAGAGCCUUCUUGGACACCGAAGGCGUCGCCGCAACGACCAAGCUAUUCCGCGCCCAGAGGUGCUGUUGGUGGACAUGCAGACACCAGGUACCAGGCAACUCCCGCACGAGGAGGCUAUUGGAAAGAGGCGUCCUACGACGCGCCGCCCCUGAAGCGAGCGGCACCGAAAGGAGGCAACGUCAUCGGAGGAAGCUACGACCAGUGGUCGGCGCCACCUCCGCCUAAACGAGCGAGGGCGUCCAGCGAGGGCGUUGACACGGUAGCAUCCGUGGGCGCAGCAGAUGCAGGCUUCGACGAGGAGUCGCUACAUAACUUCUAUGCUCAGCAACAAGGUUUUGUGGCUUUCAAGGCUAACUCAAAACUCCGCGGUGGUUUCGCCAAGUUCCAGUCGCCGGAGCUCGCGCAGCAGGCCGUCGAGGUCGCUACUGCCGAGGGGAUCCCGGCGGCCAUGGCCAGGACAAGCAUGCAGUCGUCGUAA